CACACACACAUACGAGUUGGUGGGUUUGAAAAAUACUGAGGAGGAGGAGUAGCCUCGGGUGUAGCCACGAAGCGUAGCGUAGCGGGGGGUGCCUCCCAGCCAUUCCCCUCUCGCCGAGGACGCAUCCAUCGUCUUUAUCUUGGGGCCCCGAUACGACAAAUGGCGAGGGGGAGUGAUGACAAUCAAUUGCGUGGGAACGCAGGCAAAAUGCCCUUUUGUUUCUGCUUUCCUCGAUUGCCAUGCCCUUGUCGAUCGAUGCGAGGCAGGCAGGCAGGCCCUCCCUCCUGGUCCGAGUGAAGUGGAGUAUCGCAGCAGCAGCAGCCGUUUUUCUCGUUAUGCCUGCCAAUCUGUGACAGGGGCCUCGGAAUUUCCUUUACUGCGGCGACCACCCCCCGUUGGUUCGCGCCAUGCCAAUUGCGCGCAUGGACCUGCGCCCCUUUCUCUCCUCUGAUUAAACAACGCUAAGCCUACUCUUUUGGAGCAGCGGGGAGUUUGUUGCAGCUUUUCCCGUCUCUCUCUUGGUCGGCGAUUCCUCUUGGAUCCGUGAUAGUUGCUGCUCUUGCACUAUAUCAGUUCCUCCUCGACGUUUCACCACUGGUGACUUCGAAGUGGGACGGUACAAUCGUGACGUCGUGCCGUUUGUCUUCGCAAGCGAGCGAGAGAGAGAGAGAGGGAGAGAGAGAGAAUCGUGAGUCGUGAGACGCGAUUCUUUGGCGUCAAAUCACUGCCUAGUUCGUUUUGGAGUGGUAGCUCUCUCGUCAGUGAUUAAUUUUUGGAGUGUGGAGGUGACAGGUGGUACAUGCGAGAGCAUGUGCUGAGUGGGAGAGAGGUUUCUAGGAGACUGAUAUCUCUGCCCAGUGGUUGAGGUAGUAGUUGAUACGCAGGAUAGUCUUAGAGAUGAUCGAAUGAUUCCGGAAUCGUUAUGCGGUUCUCUGCACGUUGUGGGGCAUCGUUUUUGACUUUGAGUUCUCGGUUUUUUCCCGAGGAGAGCUAAGCUGGGAGGAGCGUUUAUUCUGCACUCGAGAUUGAAUACGAGUGUCUCUCUCUCUCUCUCUCUCCGUGUGUGUGUGUUUGUGUGUGCGCGCGCUUUGCGUGCAAGCAGUUGAGGUCAAUGUAGGACACCCAUUUCUUUCUAAAGGGGUUGAGUAUUCAUUGAAUCUUGGAGACUCCAUUUUUUCAUGCUGGAAGGCUUCUUCUGGAACAUGUCGAUUCGUUAAUAUGUUGUGGGACGAGGAGUGCACCAGCAUCGUCGUCGACUUGCUGUGUGUGGAGCAGCUGUUGGCACAAAAAAAUCUUCACCUGCUUGUAAUUUGAGUCCGUGCUUGGACUCUCGGUGAUUGCGCCAGUGAGGAUUUUGAGUGGGACUCGUGUUGUCGACAUGGCGGUUCGCGAAGGAGUUGCGUACCAGGCCCCAUCCAGCUUCUCAAGUGUUUCUGAGUAUGGCUACGCGAUCCUUGAUACUCCUGGGCGGCUCUGCGAUCGCGCCUUGGCCGUGUCAACGCUAACCGAAGAGAUGACCGAGGUGAAAGCUAUGUCUGGUGCCGAGAUGACUCGGAAUUUGCGUUGGUGGGAUGUCAUAGCGUUGGGAGUGGGAGGAAUGGUAGGCGCCGGGAUCUUUGUCUCCACCGGAAGUGCUGCUCGCCUUUCUGGACCUGCAGUAGUGCUUGCCUACCUGGUCGCUGGAAUAUCGGCUCUGCUAUCUGCUCUUUGCUACACUGAGUUCGCGGUGGAGAUGCCGGUUGCUGGUGGUGCCUUCAGCUACCUGCGUAUUACCUUCGGAGAAUUCCCUGCUUUCAUCGUAGGCGCGAACUUACUUAUGGAAUAUGUCUUGUCCAACGCGGCCGUAGCAAGAAGCUUCACGUCAUAUGCCGCGAGUGCGUAUGGCGUGCUACAAGUUGAUGCGUGGCGCCUGCAUGUGGGCGGUUUGGCUGCAGGGUACAAUCAGAUUGAUCUCGUGGCAGUCUCGGUGGUGAUGUUCCUCACCGUUUUCUUGUGCUGCAGCACCAAGAAAAGUUCCGUGUUCAACUUGGUGAUGACUGUUCUUCACAUGGCGUUCAUACUUUUCAUCAUUAUCGCCGGAUUCGUGAAAGGGGACACAAAGAAUCUCACUCACGCCGGCGAUCCAGCGGCCAAUCCGUCAGGUUUCGUCCCCAUGGGAAUCAGAGGGAUCUUGGGUGGAGCUGCAAUUGUUUAUUUUAGCUAUAUUGGUUUUGAUUCUGUCUCGACCACAGCUGAGGAAGUGAAAAAUCCAGCCAAGAAUAUGCCUAUUGGUGUCUCAGGUUCAGUGGUCGUCGUCACUGUGCUGUACUCUCUCAUUGCCGUCGCCCUGUGCAUGCUGCAGCCUUAUGACAUGAUUGACAUAGGAGCUCCAUUCUCCACUGCGUUUCAGCACGUUGUGGGAUGGGAAUGGGCAACGAACUUCAUUGGUGUAGGAGCCAGUUUAGGUAUCAUAACAUCACUUCUUGUUGCGAUGCUUGGCCAGGCACGCUACAUGUGUGUGCUUGGUCGUGCGCACAUAGUUCCGCAAUGGUUUGCUGUCGUGAAUUCUUCAACUGGCACACCUAUCAACGCUACCGUCUUUCUUGGUGGAUGCACUGCUGCAAUUUCACUCUUCACCGACCUCACAGUACUUCUUAAUCUUAUCUCCAUUGGCACUCUCUUCGUUUUUUACAUGGUUGCCAAUGCUCUCAUCUAUCGCCGGCACCACGUUCCUGAGAAGACCAACCCUUUUCGAACGAUCGCUUUCCUGACCAUCUUCAGCGUUGAUGCCGUUACAUUUGUUACUAUUUGGCAGUUUGACCACCACAACCGACACACCUGGGCUUUGUACCUGCUGGGUGGUCUGGCUCUCGCUAUGACCACCCUAUUUUGGUUCAAGGUGCCAACCGCGCAGAAAAACAAAGACUGGAGUGUUCCGUGCAUGCCUUGGGUUGCAGCAGCAUCAAUUUUCCUGAACGUUUUCCUCCUGGGUUCAGUGGACAGGGCUUCAUAUGUCCGGUUUGUUACCUGGACAAUCGUCGCAGUUGUAUUCUACCUCCUUUACGGUGUCCAUUCCACCUACGACGGUGAAAGAGCUCGAACGUCUUUGGACACUCCACUCAAGGAAGGAAUCGAGUUCGAAAAAGAGAUGGAGCAGAAAUUUGAAGGAGGCCUGAGACCUCUUGUGGUACAAGUUAAAUUUGAAUCGCCUCCUUGGAUCCGAGUCAUUCCGUCGUCAUUCCACAGUGUAACACUGGUUCCGGAUAUGGACGCAGUUGAGAAAGGAGAGCGUUAACACUUUGUCAAUGAGUGUUAUGGGUGGUCUGUUCUCGAAUGCCCUGCAAAUGGACAAGAGAUUCCUUUGCUAGCAGAGAAUCGCUGGGGAUAUAGCUGUUUGAUAUUAUUGGUUGAUUAGGUGAACUUUGCCCAGCUUUGUACAAUCAAAACUAGCAUCUCAAGUGGGGUUUAAGGCAACAAAGUAGUACUCUCGGAUUGCAGUUCUCUUCCUUUCUAGUUUAGGGUAACUGACCCGGUUAUGUAGAAUUGGGUUUAAGCAGCCCUUGCCCAUCAGCUGGUGUAAAAUUGACACUUACAUAGCUGACUGUACCUGUAUACUUGUACCAUAUAACAGUACACAAAAAAAAGAUCAUGACCCUUCACAAGGGUUCAAGGUGUUUAUGAAA